CGCAGAACAGAAUAUUGAGCCACGCCCCUCCAUAGUCAGUGCCUAUAAAUUCUGAUGCAGCUUUUGUCAGGCAACCUGACAAGAUGGGUACCACAAUGUUCUUCGCUUGGAUGAUACUGUUAAUUUCCGAAACUCUGCAGACUACCACAGUUUCUGGAUAUACAACAGCUUCAGAAACAGAAACACCGGGAUACACUCCAUCAUGGCCCUGGUACACAACAACUGCCUAUUACGACUGUGGUGGCCACCUCUCAGGUUUUUCUGGGGAAUUCUCUAGUCCAAACUAUCCUAGUUACUAUCCAAACAAUGCACGAUGCAUCUGGGAAAUACAAGUGGAAUAUAAUAGUUACGUAUACGUCCAGUUUGACCAUAUUGCACUGGAACCGAGUAGUAACUGCAAUCACGAUUUUAUUGAAAUCUAUGAGCGACAGCCAAAUGCAUCUACUUUGCUGGGAAGAAUAUGUACUGGUAGCUAUGAAAUAUUUACAUCCAAUUCAAACAGAAUGACCGUUGUGUUUUCGAGCGAUGGCAGUUACCAAAAUACAGGAUUUCAUGCUUCUUAUUAUACUGUCUUCAUAGACUCGACGACACCUGCUACUACUACUACUACUACUACAUGGCUGUCUUCAACAGACUAUUACCACUGUGGUGGCUACCUCUCAGGUUCUUAUGGGACAUUCUCUAGUCCAAACUAUCCUAGUUACUAUCCAAGCAAUGCACGAUGCAUCUGGGAAAUACAAGUGCAAUACAAUGGUUAUGUACAUGUCCAGUUUGACCAUGUUGCACUGGAGCAGGACACUAACUGCACUCACGAUUUUAUUGAAAUCUAUGCGCAAGAGUCAUACACAUCUACUUUGCUGGGAAGAAUAUGUACUGGUGGCUAUCAAGCAUUUACAUCCUAUUCAAACAGAAUGAUGGUUGUGUUUUUGAGCGAUGGCAGUUACCAAAAUACAGGAUUUCAUGCUUCUUAUUAUACUUUCUUCCGAGACUCGACGACACCUGCUCAUACUACUACUACAACAUGGUGGCCUUCAGGUGUUUUUGAUCUCAGACUGGUGAAUGGCCAGAACAGCUGUGAGGGCCGUGUCGAAAUUUAUGCCAAUGGAACCUGGGGGACAGUGUGUGAUGAUUUGUGGGACAUAAACGAUGCUCAAGUUGUAUGCAGGCAGCUUGGAUGUGGAUGGGCCAUUUCUGCACCAGGAAGUGCCCGAUUUGGUCAAGGCAGAGGAAAUAUUUUCCUGGAUGAUGUGCAGUGCAGAGGAAAUGAACACUUUGUCUGGCAAUGUCAACACGGAGGGUGGGGCAUACACAACUGUGGCCACAGUGAAGAUGCCGGUGUCAUUUGUUCAGAUCCGACGACACCUGUUUCUACUACUACUCCAACAUGGCUGUCUUCAACAGCAAAAUAUACUUGUGGUGGUGUCCUUCAGUCUUCAUCGGGGACAUUUCAAAGUCCGUUCUAUCCUGGGAAUUAUCCAAACAAUGCAGAUUGUGUGUGGGAAAUAGAAGCAGUGAGCAAUUACCGUGUAACACUUUCAUUUAGCGAUAUAGUGACAGAAGGUGGUACAUGCCGGUAUGAUUAUAUUGAGAUAUAUGAUGGGCCACUCUAUACCUCUCCUUUACUGGGGAAAAUUUGUUAUGGUUCCUAUCGCACAUAUACAUCGUCCUCAAACUUGAUGACAGUUCGAUUUCACAGUGACUCGAGUAUAACAAAGAGAGGGUUCCGUGCUGCCUAUUACACUAUUCCAGCAGAUCAGAAUACUACUCUUCUGUGCUUGCCAGAAUACAUGCAUGCAGUUGUUAACAGAGCCUAUCUCCACUCACAUGGCUACAAUGCAUGGGAUGUCAGCUUGAAUGACCCUUAUUGUAGACCAAACAUUACAUCAAACUAUGUUAUAUUCAACAUCCCAUACAAUGGCUGUGGCACAAGACGAGAGGGAAACAACAACACUAUCAUCUAUUCCAACUUGAUCAAAGCAAUCUCUUCUGGUUACAUAAUCAAAAGGCAAAAAGAUCUUCACUUGCAUAUCAAUUGCAAAAUGCUCCAAAAUAGAUGGAUAGAAAUAAUGUAUGUUGCAGAGGAUGUUACUGAAGUCAAUGAAACUCAGUACGGCAGAUACAACGUGACCAUUUCAUUUUAUAAAUCAUCAUCCUUCUCAUGGCCAGUGUAUGACUCUCCAUACUACGUUGACUUGAACCAGGAUUUAUUCCUUCAAGCUUCAAUUCACAGCUCUGACCCAAAUCUAGUCUUGUUUUUGGACACGUGUGUUGCAUCACCCGAUCCCAAUGAUUUUACAACAGUAACCUAUGACAUUAUCAGGAGCGGGUGUGUUAGAGAUCAUACCUACCAUACGUACUAUUCACCCUACAGCUCCACCAUACGCUUCAAAUUUAAUGCCUUCAAGUUUAUUAACAACCAUACAUCAGUUUACCUGCAGUUUAAAAUGGUGGUGUGCAGGGUAUAUGAUUAUUCUUCCCGAUGCUACCAGGGCUGCAUACCCAGGUCCAAGAGAGAUACAAGCUCUUACCAAGAAGAAGUGGAUGUUAUUCUUGGGCCUAUUGAGCUUCAGAAAGAUGGCACUAAGAACAGGAAUGCUGAGCUGGACUAUUCUGAACAUCAGGAAGAUGUCGAUUCCCGUGGUUCACUUACCACUACUGCUGGUCAUUCCCAGGCUCCAUUUAUUGUUACGGGUCUGGUGCUUGCAGCUGUUAUUUUCACUCUUGUUGGGUUUCUUUUGAAAAAUAAACUGAGGAGACCGAUUCCAUACGAGAUAAUGUGAGACACUACAGAUACGAGCAUCAGGGCAUUUAUGUAAUGAUUCAGUUUCUAGCAUUUGCACUAAAUAACUUUUAUACAACAAAUCAUGCUUUAAAGAGAAAGCAUGAAAACCUUAUUGUAAUGAGACUACACUCUGAGUUCAGGUAAAUUCAGGCUAGAGAUGGGCCUGAUGUUAAAACCCACCUCCAAAAUAACAGGAGAAGGUAGGAGAAGUUUGAAUCUAGAUCCCAACUCUCUAACUUGCUGCCUUUUCCAUGGACUUGAACACCAGCCCCAUAUCCGGCCCACCAGCUCCCUCCCCUCAAUCUAGAACCAGACUUUGCAGCUCAGGACUAUCUCUAGUCUAGAUAGGCCAAAAACUUGGUUCAAUUCCUGUUUCACCAUAAACAUCUUGUGUGAUCAUGGGCGAGUCACACAGUCUCUCUGGGCUCAAUUACCCAUCUGUAAAAUGGAGAUAACAACAUAGGGUUGUUGUAAGGAGAAAUAUAUAAGAGAUGGACAGAUAUUACAGGGAAUUGAGCCAUACAAGUACUUAAGAUAGACAGAGAGGACUUUGUUUUGACAACUUUAUACAUAAUAAAGGGCAGUCUGACAUUAUUUUUAUGUUUUCUUUUGCGCCUACCUAGCACAUUCCAGUCACUUCUGAUCAUCAAGAUAUUUAGAUUGUAAUGCAUGUUUUCUUCCUCAUAAUCUUCCUCUCAAGACCGGUGUUUCUAACAUCUCAAAUAGUCUGACAUGGAAAUUAUGGUGAGGAGUCAAAUGUAAUAGAUCGUGCAAAUUUGUAGGAUGGGAUGAUUUUCAGUCUAAAUGAAUCUCUUAUGUAAACGCAGCAAUUUAAAAUUAGAAAAGUGUUACAAAGCAAUAUUUCUAUUUGUGUACUUGCAAAUAUAAUGUCUCUGCAUCUCCAAAUUACUGCUUUGCAAUAUGAAGAAUGUGGUUUGUGAUAAAGAAAC